AUGAUUUUGGCGGCGGUAAGAGCUUCAUCUGUUGGUUUGAAAAUCGCAGCUGGAUUUGGUGGAACUGCUUUGGCGAUAACCGCGGUUUGCGUUCCUUUUGUCGCUCCUGGUCUCAAGAAACAUGCUCUUCCCUUCAUUCCAGCGACAGAACUCCAACUCGAGAAUAUCAAGACAGCCUUGGAGAAACACGGGACGGAGAGGGAUUUGAUUGAUAUUGGCUCUGGUGAUGGAAGAAUAACUCGAAUGGCGGCUGAAAUGGAGAAAUUUCCACUUUGCUGGGGCAUCGAAAUCAAUCGCUGGCUGGUUUAUUAUUCUAGCGUUAAAUCGCUCCUUUCCGGUCAGUCAUCUUCGACGCGCUUUUUCAAGUCCGAUCUUUGGAAGCACAAUUUCGACAAAUACGGCAACAUCGUAAUUUUCGGCGUUGGCCCAAUGAUGGCCGAUUUGGAAGAUAAAUUAUUUGCGGAAAUCGACGGGGACGCGAAGAUUAUUGCAUGCCGCUUUAAAUUUCCAAAUAAAAAGCCGAUAGACACGAUCGGCCGCGGCAUAGACACUGUCUGGGUCUAUGAUCUUAAUACUGUAGUUCUGUACAAAUACAAUGUGCAGCUCAAAAUAGCGCCUGGGCAUCCUUACUUGUAA